GUCGCAUUGCAAGUGCAAAGCAAACCCACCAGCCGUUUCGGCAGAAGAACCAGUCAAGGAUAGUGGGGGAGUACUCUCAUCCACAUUCGGCUACCAACUUCAACAUCGCACGAAUGACAACCUCUGGACGACUUACAAUGCACUCAUAUCACUCAUGACCAUUCAAAAGACCGGCCUCCUCGCACAACCAGACUUGUCCUGUGCAGCGACUCACGCGCCGACUCUGGCUAGGGGCUAUGACGGUUCUCGACUUUCCCUCGAUCUAUCUCCUUCCCACUCACCUAGAGGCGGAUCAACUACAUGAGCUCGAGGGCAGAAUUCCGAGCCUAACAUACGACAUCCGCGAGGCCGAGAUCAUUGUCGGGAAUAUCUUCAAACGAGAAAGAGCUCUUUUCGAACUCAGGCGGAAGAAAGUACAGACAGAUCCGGUAGAUGUAGCAGCUGUCGCAGAUGCGCAUCUCGUCACGCCUCGGAAGCGCAAAAGGGCAUCUUCUGGGAGUGACAGCGACUCCACCGUAUACACGGAAGAUGGACAGAGGUUCGGAUUAGAUACGUCACAGCUCGCCGGAACAUGGCCAGCUCCCGAGAAGUCCUCUGGCAAUGCGAACACUGUCAAAGUCGUGAAGCUGGCGUGGCUCCAGGACUCGUUUGCGCAGGGCAGGGUUCUUCCGCUUCAUGACUAUGUUCUCUACGUGGGCAUUAAGAAGGAGGAAGAUCGCGCGCCUGUCACUAUUAGGGGAAGCGACAUAUUGUCCCGCGCUGUCGCCGACAGUGCGUCUCAAACACAGGGCAGCCUUUUGCCGCAGAAGAAGAAGGCGCAAUCUCCUACCGGGAUGCACCGGUCAGUGCCUUCAUUGGUCAGACAGACAACAUCGGAAAACGCCUCAACACUGAAGCUGCCGCCUGUUCCACAGUAUCUCAGAACAACAUAUGCUUGCCAGAGAUCUACGCCAGUUGAUCCUCCGAAUGCUGCAUUCGUUGAUGGGCUCAAGACGAUCAGAACCAUACGAAGAUUAGGAGGCGACCAAAUAGGAGUAAGGGCGUAUUCAACCUCGAUAGCUACGAUAUCGGCAUAUCCUCACGAGAUAGCCAGCCCGCAAGAAGUUGCGAGGCUACCUGGUUGCGGCGCUAAGAUCGCCGAGCUGUGGCACGAGUGGAAGGAAACCGGCAGGCUUCCCGAGGCGAGUGAAGCCCAGGCCAACCCCAAGUUUGCGGUCAUACAAACAUUCUACGAUAUUUGGGGAGUCGGUGAUGCCACGGCUCGUGAUUUCUACGGCAGAGGAUGGCGAGACUUAGACGAUGUUGUCGAACAUGGUUGGGCAAGCCUCAGUCGCGUGCAGCAGAUUGGCGUCAAAUACUAUGACGAGUUCAAGCUUAAGAUUCCUCGAACUGAAGUCGAGUCUAUCGCCGACACGAUCUUGGCUCACGCCCGCAGUAUUCACCUGGAUUUUCAGCUUGUCAUUGUCGGCGGCUACCGGCGUGGCAAGCAAGGUAGUGGGGACGUCGACGUGGUGAUGAGCCACCCAGACGAGUCUGUGACUUUGAACUUUGUCGACAAACUGGUGAUGAGCCUGGAAAAGACUGGGCAUAUAACGCACACGCUCGUGUUGAGUAAGCACAAUAGCGAGCGGGGCCAGCAGCCUGUCAGCUGGAAGGGUAACGAGUUCAGGGGAAGCGGUUUCGAUUCACUCGACAAAGCGCUCGUGGUUUGGCAGGAACCGGAGAAGGGUGAGAAAGGACCACAAGAGAAGCCACAUCGGCGGGUAGACAUCAUCAUCAGUCCUUGGAAGACGGCUGGAUGCGCUAUACUGGGCUGGAGCGGAGAGACGACUUUUCAGCGAGACCUGCGCCGGUAUUGCAAGAAACAGAAGAGCUACAAGUUUGACAGCAGUGGCAUUCGGAGCCGGCUCGACGGCAGCUGGGUUGACCUGGAGAGCAGCGAUCUAGGGCGGGCCCCGGACAUGUUGACAGCCGAGAGGAGGGUAUUCCAGGGCCUGGGCCUCGACUGGGUUCCUCCCGAAGACAGGUGCACCGGCUGAAUCGUUACAGAAUCUGAAAAACAUCAAACGAACCCAGGAACGGUCAACCCGACACCUUGGAACCUUAUCUACCGUCACCGGUGCCUUCGGAAGUGGCUGCAGAUUGUGUGCCUCCCGAGUCCUUGGCGAGCUCGUGGUGAAAGACCUGGGUACGGAUAGAUAACAUCGACCCCAGAGAUCCUAGGGGCAGAUCACAUGGCGAAGCCGGUACUAAAAUGGCGUGCUAACUCCCCGUCAACAUCCUAUUGGGACAGAGGAGCUGCC